UAAGAGGACAGGUGGGGGGAGACUGGGGAUACUGAAAAUAAAAUGUGGGGGACAAACGGGGAGAAUAUGGGAAGACUGAAUGGAAUGCGCUGUCGGGGGACCCUAAGGGGACAGGAUAUGGGGGUUCUAAGUACCGUGUUGUGAGACUCUGAGGGAAAUAGGAUAGGGUGGGGGAACACUGAGAGACAGAACGUGGUUGGAUUCUGAAGGAAGAUCUGGAGGGCCUUUGAAGAGAUAUGCCGACUCUGCCAGGAAGGGACAGGAUAUGGGGGGGAUUAAGAGGGACAAAGUGGGGGGCGGACAGAUGGAAUCUGGAUGGCUCUGAGGAUUGAGGGAGCCGGAUAUGGGAAGACUCAAUGAAUCAUGAUGUGUGAGGCCUCUGAGGGAAUAUUGGGGGCUUUCAGGAGGAGAAAAUAUGGGGAACUCUGAGGUGACAAAAUAUGAGGGGAUUUAGAGAGUACGCGGAAACUGUGGGAAGACAGGAUAUAAAGAAAGCGAGUGAAAGGAAUGAGAAGGGCAGUGUAGAGAAACUUUGAGAGGACAGGAUGUGGGAGGGGAUCCUGAGGGCGAUGCACCUGUGGCGACCAGGUCGGCCACUUCCCGGAGAGCCACACCCCACCGCUGGGAACAUUGGGCCCCAUAGCCCUGGGCGGUCCACGCCCACAGGGUAGGCCCGAGGCCUGGGGAGCCUGUGGGGGCCUCCCUGCCCUCAGCAGCGCUCGGGCCCGGCCGGCUUCGGUGCCCCCGGAAAAGUCGUCCGGCACCAUUCCGGUGCGCAGCUCCGCCGCCGCCCUGCCGCUGACGUUCCGCUGCCGGGAGGGGAGAGGGCGCCGCCCCGCGGGCUCCGAACGCCGGCUCCACAGUAACAGAAGAGAUUGCACAGCUGUUAGAGAUCUAUCACCUUUUCACAAUCUUUUAUUUGAAGUGUAGACUACCAUCUUGCAUUGUUGUACGCCAUAACCAAUGGACCAGGAAAGCAGCACCAGAGAAAGUGUGGGCCAGGACCCACUCCUGUUACUGAAAACCCUUCAAACUCUGUGGACAAAGAGAGAGCUGCAGAAGCUCCGGGAAGUAGCCAGGCAAGGAUUCGCUACCCUAGAAGACCCACUUGCAGGCCUUCUGGACAUGCUGGAGAGCUAUAAAGGCUGGAAGGGAAAAGGACAUUCAUUGGAGUAUUACAUCACCAAUGAAUUAGUUCACUGGCUGAAGGAGCACCCUAGGGAGCCACAGUCUGGCUUGAAGCUGAAGAAGUUGCAGACUCGAGCAUUUGGGGUUCUUGCCGAGAGCCAGAGUAAUCUCCUUGAGCCCCUCAUCAACAUUUAUCAGCUGCAGAAAGCCGACCGGAACACUUUGCUCGGAAAUGUCAAUCAUCUUUACCAUAAGGGAAAGUACAAAGAAGCAGUCAUACUAAGUACAAAGCUAAAGUUACAACCAGAAUUGGAUGUGGAAAAGAUGUGCACACCCCUGCUUCUUCAGGAUAAAGCAAACCUUGUUGAGGACUACGUGGCUGACUAUCCACACCUUCAGAGCCAACUCUUACAGAUCAUGGAUACAUGGUGUCAUCCCAGUUUUAAUACUAGAGAUAUUGCCAGACAGUAUCAAAAUGUGCCUCCCUCAAGAGCAGACAAACUGAACCAGAAAAUGCUGAGCAAACUUGUCUUCAGGCUGCUGGGCCAGUACAACCUAGAUCCAGGUCUCUGCCCAAACGUCAUGAACCAGCGACACCUCGGAGCUCUCAGGUACCUCUUCUACAAGAGGUUUGUUGAGAAAAGCAUGACCCAGGAGAAUUGGGAAGAUCACAUUCAGAACAUGGUAGGGGAGAACUUGUGGCUACAGGAACAGCUGAUCCAGCUGCUGUUCAGUUACUGUGAUGCUGCCACAGCUGCCCAGUGGGCUCUCUACUACCACCUUUCUGGUGAAUGUUUGCCUGAUAAAGUGGCUGAGAAGAUGCAUGGACUUCAGCAGCAGGACAGGGUGGAAGUGACUAAGGAAAGGACCUGUGAUUCUAAAACGGACAAAAAGAAUGAUCAUUAUUAUCAAUUGCCCAUACCCAGAGAAAAUAUUCAUUUUCUGCAUACCUGGGAGGGAGUGGACAAAUGCAGGGAUGUGGUACUUCAGCCUGGCCAGGUAGUCGGCAUUGACAUGGAGUGGAGACCUUCCUUUGGAUUGGUGGGAAGGCCAAGAGUGUCGGUGCUGCAAAUUGCCACUAAGGAACAUGUGUACCUGCUAGACCUGUUGCAGUUCUCAAAACUGGACCAGGAAGAGAAGGAGAAAGAGCUUUGUCAUUUCAUUUGGAAGCUCUUUUCGGAUCCAUCCAUUAUAAAACUAGGUUAUGGAAUGUCUGGAGAUUUGUGCAGCUUAUCAACUACAUAUCCAGCUCUCAGAGAGAUGGAAAAGCAGGCACAAGGAAUCCUGGACCUGCUGCAGGUCGACAAACAGUUGCAGAAAAAUUCUGGGUUGUGGAAGAAGCAUCACAUACCUGUGGAGAGCCUGUGUCAAGAGCCAAGCUUUAUAACUAAAAGUCCCAGGCAGGCAGAAAAAGGACUCAGCCUCCUAGUGCAGAAUCUCCUGGGCAAACCACUGAACAAAACAGAGCAGCUUUCAAACUGGGAGAAACGGCCCCUCCGGGAGGAGCAGAUCCUUUAUGCAGCUUCAGAUGCAUACUGCUUAUUGGAAGUCUAUGAGAUGCUUUGUAAAGAUCCAGCCCACUUUGGCUUGACUGCAAAUCUGAAGGAGAAUCUUGGCAGCAAACAGAGUACAAAGCCAAGGGCAAAGAAGUCGCUCAGCAAGCAAGGGACACAAUCACCUCCUAAACAGGUACUGGCAUCAGCUGGAGAGACACUUUCUGCCAGUGCUUUUCCUGAGAUUUCUGCCAAAGACUUCAAUGUGGUGUGUGACACCAUGCUUCAGGGCCUGGCUCGCUAUCUUCGUUGCCUGGGAGUGGAUGUACGUGUACUUGAGAAUACUGAUGACCACCGGCAAGCAGCUGAGAUUGCCAGAAAGGAGGGGAGAAUCAUACUGACCUCUGGAUCACCAUAUCAGAAGCUGCAGGCCCAGGUGGGGGAAGGACGGUGCUUCUCCGUAAACUGCUCUGACAAGGCCAAGCAGCAGGCUCUCAGCGUCCUGAAGCACUUCAACGUCCGCGUCGCAUUCACCGACAUCUUCAGCCGCUGCCAGGUAUGUAACUGUGACAAGUACCUGAAGAUCUCCAAGGAGAAGAUCAGACACUUGAUGAAGAUCAGUGGCUACCUGUCGGGGGAAGACGACACAGGCUGCCCCAAGAGUCCUGAAGAGGAAUGGGAGCUGUGCCCCAAGGCAGAGACUCCAACCUUAUCAGAAACGGUCCCUGAGCAGCUCCCAGGCUGUACCUAUAACCCAGACUGCCGUUGGCUGGGAGACUCAGACCUGGAUGUGGGGUCCCUCACCCUGAAAAAUGGGACCACCCUGCAGAUCAGAACCAUCCCCCUUGGGGUGCUGGAGAAAACAGACCUGUCCCAUUUCUAUUGCUGCACUCAGUGUGGCAAAGUGUUUUGGGAAGGUUCCCAUUUCGGGCGAGUGGUCUCUCAAUUCCAGGAGAUCUUAGACGGUUCAGAGCCCCAGACUCAGAAUUUGUAUGAACUGAGCUGAGCUGGGCUGGGCUGGGCUGGGCUGGGCUGGAAGGUCCGACCGUGGCUUCCUUCUGUGGGGAGCCAGUUACCAACCACAAAUGCAGGCUUUAAACCCUCCCUGUGGAGGAGACAGAUAAGCCCUAGGCAUCCUGUCCUGUUCUAUCCUGUGCUGUCCUAUCCCAUUCCACUCAUACUCUGCUCCUGGAUACAAGGUGGAAAGUUUGGUUUGCUAUUCACUUUGAGAUAUUUAGCGUGAGCAUACUGCCUGGUGUGUGUGUGUGUAUGUGUGUGUGUGUGAGAGAGAGAGAGAGAGUCAGACAGACAGACAGACAGACAGACUGGAAAAAACACUCCCUGGAGAGGGGGCUAUUUCUAUGAAACACUUAUUCUAUUUAAAAAAGAGAGAGAGAAAAGAAAAGAAAAAGAAUGCUAACAAGAAUCCUGGUAAUGUUUUCCUAAAAGAGAUUUUUAUUCAAAGUCUCUGUUAUUUUGGGUUAUUUCUCUGCAAUAGUCUCCUCUGAGUGGAGAGGAACAAGUGAAUGGGGUGACCUAGAGUUAAAACUCCAUCAUCCCUUUUUCCCAGCACUGAAUCCUACACCUUCCUUCCCUCUUUCUUAGUGGCCAGUUUCUGCUUUGGUGCUUACUCAUCUGGGGACAGAUUUCUGAUUCUAGGAAAGCUUUAGGAAUCUGUCUUUGAACAUAGUCAAGGUAUGUUUAAAGGAAGAAGAGGAAGGAAAAAGGCUGGUUUGGAAUCAGUUAAAAGAAUAGGAGGAACAGAUGAGGGCAGGAAGAAAGAUGAGGAAACUCUCAGAAGGGAAGGACAGAUUAAGGAAGGAUCUGUGAUCUUUUAGGAAUCGCUCCCACUGCCCAGUAAGUGGAGCUGGCUACCAGUAGUGUAGUGGAUAGUAUUAGAGAUAGGAAGCUCUGAGUUCCUAUCUUCCCUCAAAUAAGAGAAAUUACUACCUGUGCAAUUCAUUUCCCCACUCUAUUAAGCCUCAGUUUUCUCAUCUGUAAAGUAAAAAGUGGAUUUGAUGACCUCCAAAAUCCUAUCCAGCUCUUAAAUCUAUGUACUAUGAGUGUGAUUCUAAUAAUCACAUUUAUAUAGUAUUUUGUUUUCAUUACAGCAUAUUUGCUUAAUUAGUAUUGAUAGGGCAAAUGUUAUCAUCAUCAUAUUCCAAAUGAAAGAGGCUAAGGAGAAUGUCUUGCUCAGCUUCACACAACCAGUGUGACAUUCAAAUCCAAAUCUCCCAAGUCUAGCACUCCUUCCACUAACUACCUCUGAGAUCAAUGAAUCACAAGGCAAGAACACUUCCCCACUCUUGAGGGAAGGAGAGAUAUUUGGAGGGCUCCAGUUCAUUUCAACAAACAUUUAUUAGAGAUCUACUACAUGCAAGGUCUAUGCUAGCCUGAAGUCACCAAGACAAAAUACCCAAACCUUCUAUAUCCCCAAGAAAUUUAUAUUAUAAGGGGGAGAAAUAUAGACAGGGCUGAAGUAAUCGAGCAUAAAGUCUUCCAAGAAAAGCAAGUUCCUACUAAUAACUAGAGAAGGUGCAGGGAGAGGAGAUCCAGAAAGGCCUCAUUCUGAGGCAGUUCCCAAGUUCGCUUGUUUUACAGAUGAGGGAGCUCUUAAAAAGUCAACUCUAUUUAGAAACCUUCUCCAUAGGAGGACUGGUAAAAACAGCCCCAUCCUUUCAGCUCAGGAUCUAGGUUCCAAGUCCCAUCUGCCUGGCUCUGAGUGGGCCCCACGUUGAGGGGAGCUAAAAGGCUGAGCCUCUCACUGGCUUUAGAAUUUCUAGGUGAUGUUUUCUAAUAGCCCCUCCUAAAACAUUCCUCUUUGGAAGAUGGAACCUUGAUUCCUGUCCUUACUGGACAAAAUACCCUAGACCUGCUUGCUCUCUUGUCCUGACACCUUUCCCUCAGCCAUCUUGGAGACAGAGCUUAUCCUCUAGUCUGGGCUGACUUGAACUUGCUGUACUUAGCUUUUGUAAAGUGACUUGGGGGGGGGGGGGUUACCUUUUUUAAAAAGGAAUUUCUUUUCCCCUCUUUUUAUUGAAUUGAAAAUACAAUCUAAGCAGCCCAUCAUAUUUUAAUGUCACCUAUGCUAAGCCUGCCUAAAUGAGUAUCAAUGAUUUUACCAUUUGCCAGAUUUUCUGAGCACCCAUUCUCCCUCUAUAGACAUUUCUCUCCAUUACCCAGAAUGAGGAGCAUGAAAAGAGUGAAUGGCUUCAUAUGCCCUUAUAUCUCAGUAGGAGAGCCUCUGCAAGCUCAGAACAAUCCCGCAUUUUCUCUCCUCUCUCUCUUUUCCCCCUCCUCUUUCCCACAGUGAACCCUUCUUCCCUUUCCCUCACAGCAUAGCUGAAGGGGACAUUAGAUAUACUUAACUUGAGCCCUGACAAUUCAGCCUAAACUAUUCUCUCAUUCUCAGUAUCUCUGGAUUUGCAAGGACUUUGGAGACAAGAUAGUCUAAACAAAAAUCCCUUCUAAAAUAUAGCUCGAGCAUGGUUAUCUAGCCUUUACUGACGAUCUCUAAGGAGAAGGAACCCACCUUUUAGAUAACUCUAUUGCUGGGAAAUUUCUCCUGACAUCAAGUUUAAAUCUGUCUUUCUAUAACUUUCAUCUGUUAUUUCUGCUUCAGUCACCCGAAGCCAAAAGGACAAACCCUAUUCUGCUCCUUCAAAGGCCUAAUCAAAUACUUCAAGACAACUAUCACAUCCCCUUCUCUGUGUUUUCUUCUCCAGUUCUUUAUAUGGCAAGAUCUCAAGGCCUUUGCUCAUCCUGAUAGUCUUCUUUUGGACAUCCCCUAGCUAAUCAAUCUUUUUCCUAAAAUGUGGCCAGGAUCGAGCACAGGAUCUCUGACCUAUCCUAGCAAUCACCGGGAGCCAAUUGACAUUUUUCUAAAGUACUUAGCACCUGACCUGGCACUUAGUAGAUAUUCAAUAAAUGUUGAUUGCCUUUGUCCCUUCCCCCAGCUUCUGAUAACUCUUCUUCAUCUGGGAGUUAUCCCACACUUUCCAAUCCUUGUCCCGCAGCUCAAUUUUCACUUUAGCUAUAGCUAGCACCUUUUUCCAGUUGCCAUCAGAACACCUCUACCGGGAUGUUCCACAUCUAAGCAUUGCCCUGCUACUUCCUGUGUGAUCCAUUCAGGCUCGUUCUCAUUUCUAAAGUGAGGAUGUUAGACCAGACAGUGUCUACACCUCUUCUCAAUUAUGACCUAUGUCCAAAAGCAAAUUCAUUCCCUUCCAAAUAGGAUGGCCCACUAAUUAACCAGAUCUUCAGAAAACAUCCAUGAAGAAUUGACCUGGUAAUGUUUGACCGAAGCAGCCCUGCUUAUCCCCAUCCCAGGCCAGCCAGCCUACCAGAUUCCCUGAUCCAAAGAAACACUGGAAGUUCUGUGGCGAAACUGGCAGUGGUCUUAGUUUUAUUAUUAUUAAAGCUUUUUAUUUUCAAAA